AUGGAGUGGACACAGCUACACAGAGAUAUGCUUGACGACCUAGUGCAUACAAUGCAUCACGAGAAAUUCAUCAAUGACGACUUUUAUCAAGUGCAAGCUAAGAAGGCAACUAGACCGGAUUAUGUCGUGCAAGCGAUUACUAAUUACUGUAUCGUAAGCCAAAGCUUGCUUAAUGAAAUGACGCGUCAAAUAAUCCAUACUGAAAUAAGUUUCCUAAGGAUCAAUAUUGCUGCUCAUGAUAUGUACGCGAAAAACAGGAGCAUUGGUGCUGAACGCGUUAAGAAUGCUUGUAUGCGACUCAUCGGAGCUUGUCAUGAGAAGAACAGGAAGGGUUGCUACAGUGCUUUAGUUGUCACUAAAAAUGAAUUUUCAGAGCUGCGGAAGAAAUUUAGCACCAUGGUAAAGCUGGAGAGGAAGAUCCUUGAGAAUGAGCUUGCUGAUAUGUGA